UCUUACGGUUUCCGGUCCAGGUGUGUGUGUGUGUGUUUCCCGGUUGAACAGGUGAAUCGUCCUCGCUCUUACAACACUACUACACGGAGAGUGGGCGUGAGUGCGUCAGGGUUCUGUGGAAGAAAAUCAGGAACUUGUCUGACGGAAACUUUACGUUGUUGCCCAAAAAGUUGGCGUUUUUGUAAUGAAGGCUCGUUCGCUUUUUAUUCAUUUUAUUGUUGCCUGUCAGUGUUGAGGAGGAAGCCGGAGUUGAGCGGUUGUUAGGCGGACACUUUGGAAGGCCUGCCCUGGAAACAUGCUGCUGUCCGGCGUCCUGCUCCUUCUGCUCAGCCGAGCCGCUGCCGCUGCCAUUGUUCCGCCGCCGACAAACGUGAAGCUGAGCUGCCUGAAUCUCGACGUCGUGGUCACAUGGGAGUACAGCGAACAGGGACCACAAACCAGAUUCCUAGUACACAUCGAAGGGUCUGAAGGGGAACCCUAUCAGAACGAAACCACAGACCAUCGGUACGACCUGAGCGACUACAUCUGGGCGUCUGAAGAGCGCUACAUGGACAAUUACCACGUCAACGUGACAGCCGUAGAGGGAGGCAACCGAUCCAAACCGGUAUCAUCCGAAACAUUCUCCUUUAAUCGUUUAAAGACGGUCAAAAUAGAAUGUGAGUUGGACUUCCCUCCCGUGGAUGUGGAUGAGAAGGAUUCAGGCGCCACAGUGAGCUUCGUGAAUCCCCUCCACCACUACGACCGACUGAAGCACGCUGUCAAGACGGGUGCCACCACCUUUGAAUUCACGAUCUCGUCAGACGCUGGAAAUAUUACCGAGUCUUGCAAGGCGGGUGAGACAAUCUGCAAACGCAACAUCUCGUUUCCGGAGGGGGUGAAGAAGUGCGUCAGCCUGAAUGGAAGCUUGGUUCACGGGGAGCUUCGUCGCAACGUGUUGUUCACAAAGACACACGACAUCUGUGCGACUGCGUCGAUUGAGCUCCCUGCGAUAGCGCUCGCUAUAAUGCUGUUCUUCCUCUUCGUCGUAAUCAGUGCGAUUACUUUUCUGAUCUGCAAAGCAAAAGCCUGGACGAUGAAGCUACCCGGUCUGCCCUCGGCUCUGGAAGACUUUGAAGCUGCUAGAAACCACUGGGACAGGGAGUGUCCGAUCAUUGACCGUUCUCCCGAGGACGGGGACAGUCUCACCGAGGACAGCUGCUGCUGCUCCUCCUCCUCCUCCGGGGGGGAACUCGGAGAGGGAUACAGGGGAGACGAAGACUUCGCAGAGGACGGAGAGGAGAAGGAACGGUCUCCCUACGACUGCCCGCACAACCUGCCGCACAACCUGCAGGUGGACAUGGGGGACGGAGACAUGGUCACGGGUUACAGCGAGAGGGAAGGGCCGUCCUGA